GCACGGCAAUCAGACUGAUUCUCAAGUUAUUUUUUGAUGCGUGGUCCUGUUGUUUCUGGCCCGCAAUUUCCUUGAUCUUGAAACAAAAUUAGUCCAGAAAAUGGCAUCAAUAAAGAUGAAUCCUUUUGUGCUGCCUUUGUGUUUGUGGCUUGUUUAUCUCCUCGAUUCUGCUGCCGCUGAAUACUGUAUCGACGGGUCGUACUGUAGUACUGGUUGUUGCAGUGAUAGUUAUGGUUACUACUACUGUUGCUACAAUGUUGCCCUGACAUGGUGGUUCUGGUUCAUGUGGGGGGUAAUCCUCCUGAUCAUCCUGACCACCUGCUGCGCAAUCAUCCGACGUCGCCAGAUCCGUCAGCGCCAAGUGCUGGUGGUCCGGCAGCAGGCUUACUCAGGUCCCGUCUACGGCACCCUGGUGAACACCGAGGGGCCACAGCAGCCCUACACGCAAGCCGGCUACAACCAGUAUGGGGGAUACCCCCAGCCACCCCCAGGGCCUGUCCCACCUUACAACCAGCAGGUUCCUCCAGGCAUGCAGCCCCCAGCCCAACAAGUCAACCCAGCCAUGCCAGUACAGCAAGCUGGAGCAGUCGCCACCAAGGAAGCCCAGUACGACCCCAAUGACAAGCCACCACCCUACAACCCUGGUUCCUAAUUUGUGGAAUGCCGGGUACCAGACCAGCAGAAACCACCCCACAGAUGUGAAGAACAUGGAUUGGUGAAGGAAUGUACUAAUUUCUGACAUGUACUAAUCAUGUCCCUUUCAAGCUAUCAUCGACAAUCAAAACUUAAUGCAAUGUACAGAAAUUAUUUGUCAUAAUAACUGAAGCUGUUACAGGAGAGUCUAAAUUGGACUAGGUAUUUUGCCCACGUUAUAAAAACUAACUCGCAUCAAAAGUUAUUAAUAGUACUACGGACUGAUUUUAUAGAGAGAACCAAAAAAAAUUGUUAAUCCACAAAUAGUAUAUGUACGCAAUCUUUUUCUAUCGGAUCGAAUGAGUGAAAUAAAGAAUUUUAUUGAUAAUACACAGAUGUUAAAAACAACAAUUUGUAUUGUUCUAAUCAUGCUUUACAGCCUGUUACUAGCGUAGCUCUGGGAGAAUAUCUGAACGUAUGGGAGGAACAGAUAUUCUCAAACCCAAAAGUUGCCAAAGUUUUCCAGUGGGAAAAUAUGUCACUAGCCCAAGUGCCCAUUGCACUAUUAUAUUGCGUAUAAGACUUGGUCACAUAAAGAAUUAUUUGUAUUUUUUAAUUAAACAAGAAGUUUCUUUUGUAAUAAGAGCUCUUUAUAAUGCAACUCAUGCAGUGUUAAUUCUGUAAAUUUUUAAGGAAAAAAAGUUGGAUUUUUUUUUUCAUAUUCCUGAAAUUGUUAAAAUUAAAAACCAUCAUUUUUGCACAUCUUGUUUUUAAAAAUGUGUAACAUUUCAAAGUAGCUGGAUUUUUGUCCUGUCUCAGAGACAGGAAAAUGCACUAAAAAUCAUUUGAAAUCGAUGACAUUUUUGUUUUGAUUUCAUCAUUACAGAUUUAACAUUCAUAUACAUGUAUUUUAAAUUCUUAUCAAAUAUUUUUAUACUGUAAGUUUUAGAUUAAAAACAAGAAUUUGUUUCAGUUAACAAAAUCAGUAAGUUGCGCUCUAUUUAUAACUGAUAGCGGGCAAAUACAUUAUCUUGUAUGUCAUAUAGCCUGGUAAUAUGCAUCGACCUUUGACCUGGAUUGUGCGCAUUGUGAAAUUAAGUUAUACACACUGAAUAAUAUUGGACCUUUGAUUCUUCAUGGGAUUGUUGACAUAAUAGUUUUGUCACAUGUUUUUUACAUCACCAUAUCACAGAUUGACAAAUUUGAAAGAGAUCGGAUUAGGAUUAAAAAAAGAAGAAAUUUCCCGAAACAAAUCAAAAAAUACAAAUUUAAUGUCAUUGUCUGUAGGGAGAUAAGUGUUGCACCAAUAUAUAUUUUGUUAAAUGAAUGAAUAAUAGGUUUUUUUUUCACUAAACAUGUGCAUGUACAUAAAUGGCGUAUUGAAUUAUCAUAUCUGGGGUUUUUUUUCAUAAUUAUGUUCCAAUCAUCUUAUAUAUAUUGAAAUCAUGAAAUUUACUUCUGUAUUCGUUUGUCUUGAUUAAGUUGUCAUAUGCUGUUUAAUUGCUUCUUAUUUCGGAAAUAUAUACAAAUUUUACCUUUCUAAUUUGCACCUCAUUGGGUGAAAUGAAUAAAUAAACAUACAGAAAUUAAAGUCUUUGAAA